AUGCUCGUCAACGCCGUCCGCGCCUCCAUCCGCCCCGCCGUCCUCAAGGCCUCGCGUCCUGCCGCCCUCGCUGCCGUUCGCUUCUCGUCCUCGCACGCCAAGGAGGAGUCCUACGACGAGUUCAACGCCAAGUACACCACCUUCUUCGAGCAGGUUGGCGACCUCUUCGAGCUCCAGCGUGGACUGAACAACUGCUUCGCCUACGACCUCGUCCCCUCCACCUCUGUCAUCGAGGCCGCCCUCCGCGCCUCGCGCAAGGUCAACGACUACGCCACCGCCGUCCGCAUCCUCGAGGGUGUCAAGGCCAAGGUUGAGAACAAGGGACAGUACGAGGCUUACCUUAACGACCUCAAGCCGGUUAUCGAGGAGCUCGACGGUGCUGUCCGCCAAGCCUGCCAACCUCCGCCGCCCUCCGAGACGCUUCUUGACGUAGAAUGGUUAGCUAACACCCCAGGCGUUGAGACCAAGGAGGAGCUCUACAACCUCUAA